AAUUUUAAUUAUUCAAUAUUCAUAAAAAAAUGCUAUUCGAAAAUACUACUAAUGUCAAAUCAAAUCGACCGGCUACGAUAAUAAUAAAACGAUAUUUUUAAUUUUAACAACGUUUUUUUAUGGUACAAAGUGUUUUUCGCUAUUUACUAGGUUAUCAAUCCAACACUCGUUUGUAAUUCAUGUUUUAGGUAUGAAAACUUUUAAACUAUAAUCAAGUAGUAUGCAAGCUGAUAAAACGACCAAUCCACGUUAAAAAUUCACUUUAUUACAAUGUAAUAAGAUCAAGUUUCCAGUAUCAUUGAUUCAAUAAAGGUUUACAUAUUUUUGAAUACAUUAUGGACAAGAUAUUGUACAUAGUCUCGGCAGUUCAUUUGACUCUUUGUCCUUUUACUAAAGUUGAAGAGAGCUUUAAUAUUCAAGCGAUACAUGACAUCUUAUACUUGAGAGGAAAUCUAUCACAAUAUGAUCACUUAGAGUUUCCAGGAGUUGUUCCACGAACAUUUAUAGGUCCUUUAGUAAUAUCGAUGUUAUCCUUCCCAAUAUUCAUGAUACUGCAAUUUUAUGCAUACAACAAAUUUAUUAGCCAACUAUUAGUUCGAGCGGUUCUAGGCGUGGUUGUUAUUACUAGUAUAAGAUAUUUUCAAAAAAGUAUCACGAAGAUAUUUGGAAAAGGCGUAGCUGACUGGUUCAUAGUCGUAACUGCAUCUCAGUACCAUUUGAUGUUCUACUCGAGUCGGCCUCUUCCUAAUAUCUUUGCAUUUCCUCUAGUGAUGGUAGCGUUAAGUUCGUGGAUCAGAGGAAAACAUGUUGCACUUAUAUGGAGCUCAGCAGCGGCUGUUUUGGUGUUUCGCUCAGAAUUAGUCAUUUAUCUUGGAAUUAUUAUAUUAAUUGAGCUGUUUUAUGGUCGUCUUAAAAUACUCAGAUUGUUGAAAAUUGGUUGUUUGUCAGCCCUCGCAGUUUUAAUUUUAACUGUUGUUAUUGAUUCUGUAUUUUGGGGUCAUUUAUUAUGGCCUGAAGGUGAAGUGUUGUGGUUCAAUGCGAUAUUAAACAAAAGUAGCCAAUGGGGCACUUCACCGUUUUUGUGGUACUUUUAUUCGGCAAUACCGCGAGGCUUAGGAUUCUCUAUAUUUUUAAUACCCUUUGGAAUGGUUUAUGACGUUCGAGUUAUAAGGCUUGUGAUCCCAGCAGUAAUAUUUGUUUUGAUAUAUUCAAUACUGCCACACAAAGAACUCCGUUUUAUCAUUUAUGUUUUUCCUGUGUUGAAUGUAUCCACCGCAGUGUAUUGUAAUAGAAUUUGGCAGACAAAAUUGAAUCCAAAAGGACUAGCGAAUUUAAUUUCGUUGGCAUUUUGUGCUGGCCACAUAGUAGGAAACAUUAUUCUUACUAUACUGUUGGCCAGUGCAGCAAAACAAAAUUAUCCCGGAGGCAACGCUAUGACACUGUUGCAUUUAUACGAACACAAUAAUUUUCAAACAAAUUACUCCGUCCAUAUUGGUAAUCUUGCCGCUCAAACUGGCGUCACCCGAUUUACACAACUGAGUGAUCACUGGAUUUAUAAGAAAACAGAAAAUCUUCAACCAGGAUGUGACGAACUCAUGUCUUAUACUCAUUUGGUUGUCGGAGCAAGCAGUCGAGACAACAAUGAAAUGUUGCCAUACCGUCAUACGCAUAGUGUGAUUUCUACGGUGACUGGGUUUUCUCACGUUUCAUUUAAUUAUAAUAUGUUCCCUCCAGUAAAAAUUAAAACAAAAACACAAUUAUUUAUAUUGAAAAAGAACCUAGUCAAAUCUGGCGUGAAAAGUAGUAUAAAAAAAAUAGUUGAAGACUACAAAAAUGAACUUGAGUCAGAAGAGAAAAUUGAUUUAAAUUUAAAUUUAUUGGAAAAAAAAACAAAACCCAUUAAAGUCAAGGUGAAAAAACCCAAAGAUUUGUAAAAUUAAACUGAUCAAAAGGUACUUAAUAAAACUAUUGAAAGAAAACAUAAUUCUAAACCAGUUGUUGAUAGUUAAGGUUUUUUUUUAGGACAUUUGCAAAGCUCCACGAUUUGUUCCUACAUUAAGCUGGUUCUUUUUUUUUUUAAUGUACAUUUAUGAAACCUGAUGAGCUGAUUAACCUAAAAACAGAUUGCAUUUACAGUCAUAUUAUUAAUUCAUAUGCAAUUUGCAUAAUGCAAGCUACUAUAUAUUAUAUAAACGAGAUUUUUUUUUUUAAUUCAUGUAAAAUUGUUGGCAAUUUUAAUUAGUUUUCUAAAACACUAGAUAGGUAUAUGUUUUGUAUUCACUAGGGAUCGAUACUGUAUAUUUCAAAAAUAAUUAUUUUUAGCUUUUAAAUUUUAACA